AUGCAUCGUCCAGAUUAUGAUUUCAACAAUCCUGAUCACACCAACUUCCCUGAUCCACCAGGACAUAUUGAAUUCGAGCCACCAAUCGUUCUGCGUCCACCACCUCCACCUCGUGAAAAAUAUGUCGCCAAUCGAUGCCCACCACAAUCAUUAACUGGACAUCUCAGUUUUUUCACAUUCCCAUCAGUCGAACAAACACAACAAAUGAAACAGGCUCAACCAAAAUCCAAUUCGACAUAUUCAUUUUCCCUUGAUGAUUCUCCAAUAUUCCCAUGGGGCAAUUUUGAAGGUAUGAUGAUGCAGAAAAAGAAACAAAAAACAUAUCCGGCUGAUCUUAAAAUUCCAAUUGAAAUUAGCAAUUUUUCAAAUGACAAGUUUCGUGAGUUGAAAACAUUAUGA